ACUUUUCUUUUGACAUUUACUUGUGCUAAACAUAUAAAAUACUCCACAAUAAUUUAAUUUAUUUAUGUUAAUUUAAAUACAUAUUUAAGAACUAUGCUCUUCAGUGUUUGAUAAAAUGUACAUUGCUAAUAUCGAGUUCAAAUUGUGACCGGCUUUUCUUCGUCAUUGAUGAAAUAUAAAAACAUCAAGAGGACAAAACUUUAGCAUUAUGGAUGAAAUGAAGAAAUCAAUUCUUGCACCAAGUAGCAACAGACGGGUGAACAAUGGAUAUCUUAAAUAUGCGAGUUUAGUCAUAUUAACGGUUCAGAAUGCUAUUCUGGGUCUCAGUAUGCGAUACGCCCGCACCCGGGAUGUGGAGAUGUUUUCCUCAGCAGCUGCUGUACUUUUAGCGGAGUUAGUAAAGUUUAUAAUCUGUACUGUUCUUGUGAUGCACGAGUCAGGCAGUAUUAAGGGCGGCGUCCAUUCAAUAUAUGCCACGGUGAUAUUAAACCUGGAAGACACUCUGCGAGUCUGUGUCCCAUCCUUCUUGUAUAUAGUCCAAAAUAAUCUACUUUAUGUCUCCGCGUCCAACUUGGAUGCUGCAACAUACCAGGUCACAUAUCAGUUAAAAAUAUUAACAACGGCAUUUUUUGCCGUAGUUGUAUUAAAACGGACUUUAAAAAGAUGGCAGUGGUGUGCUUUGGCAUUACUAGCCAGUGGCAUAGCGCUGGUCCAACUUUCGUCUGAUAAUGGAUCGGGAAAAGUGGGAACUACACACUUACCACAGCAAUCCCGGAUCCUAGGAUUCGGAGCUGCUUUAGCAGCUUGUUUUAUAUCAGGAUUUGCUGGUAUCUAUUUUGAGAAAGUAUUGAAAGAAUCAGACAUAUCAGUGUGGAUGAGAAACGUUCAGCUAAGUUUGCUGUCGCUACCAUUUGGAACAGUAACUUAUCUAAUAAACGAAGGCUCGUUGAACCACCUUCUCAAGGGUUUCGACGGAUUCGUCUGGUACUUGGUAAUAUUGCAAGCGGCGGGAGGGCUUAUAGUUGCCGUGGUUGUAAAAUACGCUGACAAUAUAUUAAAAGGCUUUGCCACUUCCGUAGCCAUAGUAAUAUCUUGUGUAGCAUCUAUGUACAUAUUUGAUUUCCACUUGACUGUGCAGUUUACGGUUGGUACUGUAUUAGUAAUUGCAUCUAUAUUCCUUUAUGGUUAUGUACCCAAGAAGAAAGCUGAAGUUCGGACUUCGCUGAGUGUUUAAUAAUUAAACUAAAUAAAAAAUAAAGCUCAUAGGUCAUAGGCCUUUGUGCUAAGAAAUUAAUACUGGAAUUAAUUUAGUUAAUAAUAAAUGCAACUAUGUUAUAUUUACUUAAUUAUUAAAG